AUGCUAAAAACUCUUGGACGUCGUAUCUCAAUUAGUCAAUUUUGCAGAAUGUCGACAUCCCAGCCAAAAGUAGCGCAACCAAAAUGGUACAAACCUGAGGCAAAGAACGAAAAACCUGCUCUUAAAGUUUAUAAUACGCUGACACGGUCCAAGCAAGAGUUUGUACCUCAAUCUGGGGAUCGCACUAUCACUUGGUAUUCAUGUGGACCUACUGUUUACGAUUCUGCGCAUAUGGGGCAUGCAAGAAAUUAUGUGUCUAUCGACAUUAACCGUCGUAUCAUGCAGGAUUAUUUCGGAUACAACGUGGUCUUUGUUCAGAACGUGACGGACAUCGACGACAAGAUCAUCGUUCGCGCUAGACAGAACUACUUGUUCGAAGAGUUCGUUGCGGCAAACGGCGCGAAGAGCAGUCGUGAAGUCAAGGACAAAGCGCAAGAUGCGCUUUUGGAGUUUAUCCAAAAAAACUUGAAGCAAGGAGUCUCCUCCGUUCCAGAAUAUCAAAAGUGGUAUAGCACGUUGGACGUUGCCAAGGAGAAGGAGCAAGACCCCAAAUUCCUCAUGAACUCGUCCUCAGUGCAAAAGGCUAUUACUGGAAUUGACACGGCUUGCGAUGAAGAGUUUUUCGAGCUGAUUAAAGAUGUGAUGAUUCCGGCUCUUGAUGCAGAAAAGGGUCAUCUUGUCAACGACCCUGAAGUUUUCCGAAAGCUCCCGGCGUACUGGGAGAGUCAAUUUGACAAGGACAUGGCCGCUUUGAAUGUGCUAUCACCUACGAUAACGACGCGAGUCUCAGAAUAUGUGCCCGAAAUCAUUAGCUUCGUCGAGAAAAUUUUGGAAAAUGGUUAUGCCUACGCGACUUCUGAUGGCUCUGUUUACUUUGACACUGUCCGUUUCGACUCGGAUGAUAGGCACAUUUACGCAAAGUGCCAACCUUGGAAUAAAGGAGUGGUCGAAUUGAUCAACGAUGCUGAAGGUUCUUUAAGUAAUUUCGGUACUGCCAACGGUAAGCGAUCUUCCAACGAUUUCGCGCUUUGGAAAGCUUCGAAGUCCGGUGAACCAGAAUGGGAGUCACCUUGGGGAAAGGGUAGACCUGGAUGGCACAUCGAAUGUUCAGUUAUGGCUAGUGACAUCCAUGGACCUACAAUGGAUAUACAUUCUGGUGGUAUCGACUUGGCUUUUCCUCAUCAUGAUAACGAGUUAGCGCAGUCCGAGGCAUAUUUUGAUGAAAAGCAAUGGGUGAAUUACUUUUUGCACACAGGGCAUCUUCAUAUUGAGGGUCAAAAGAUGUCCAAAAGUUUAAAGAAUUUUAUUACCAUACAAGAGGCACUUCAAAAUUACAGUCCGCGGCAACUUAGGUUGGUUUUUGCUUCUGCGCAAUGGAAUAAUCAGCUCGACUUCAAGGAAAGCUUGUUAAGUGAGGUGAAAUCAACCGAGUCCACGCUAGGCAACUAUUUCAAAAAUGUUCGUGCUCUGAAAAGUGAUUAUGAACAUCAACUUGGGAAAGGAAUUGUAAUCUCUAAAAAAUUACGGCCUGUGGAGAAGAGACUUUAUAAUGAUUUGGACGCUGCUACAGAAAAGGUUCAUGCAGCCUUCUGCGACAAUUUUUCUACUCCAAUUGCGCUGAAAGCGUUAGUCGAGUUAAUCACAAAGGCGAACACUUAUAUUGCACAUGAACAGUCUAACAUUAGGAUCGAAGUCCUCAUAGCAGUCUCUCGCUUCGUCACGAAGAUACUGAACAUUAUAGGUAUAACAUCAAGACCUGACGGUUUGGGAUGGCUGGAAGAUGAAAACGGACAGGGGACUGAGUUGAGAGCCUCAAAGGAAGACAUCGUUCUACCUUAUGUGAAAUGCUUAUCUUACUUUAGAGAUCAGGUAAGGGAAUUGGCUAUCGACCAAAAGCCACAUGGCGAGCUACUUACCUUGACGGACAGAAUCAGGGAUCAGGAUCUGCUUAAUCUUAACGUUGCCAUCGAUGAUAGAAAUGGCCAAGCAUCUCUCGUGAAGUUUCUGACUGACGAUGAGAAGUAUGACUUAAUCAAAGUUAAUAACGAAAAAUUACAGAAGCAGCUAGAGAAAGAAGCCAAAAAGGCGGAGCAAGCCAAAUUGAGAUUAGCUCAAGAAGAAGAGAAAAGAGAAAAGGCAAAGACUAGUCCGGAAAAUAUGUUCAAAACUUCAGAAUAUUCUGCUUGGGAUGAAGACGGCUUACCUAUCAAGGAUAAAGACGGUAUUGAUAUUACGAAGUCUAUGACAAAAAAAUUGAAAAAACAAUGGGAAUUACAGAAGAAGUUACAUGAAACCUAUUUUAAAGCAUAA